CUUGAGCACCUGCCACAGACAAAUUCCGUGCACGUGCCUUGGAUUUCUAUUGUACUGUGUAUUUGAUUUACCCAUGUAGUUUUCAAUCUUUGAAUCAAAAGCCUUUUCGAGUUCGCUCAAUAUAUGUGGUGGCAAUAAAUCAAAACAGCAGUGGUACCUCCAAAAUUGAGCACAAUCCAUUUCAUGACGCUGGUCCACCUUCCAGAGUCCAAACUGUCAUCAAUAUGAAACGUUUAGUAACUGUACAUAUGUACGUGGAGUAUGCAGAUAUGUGUGUGUAUGUAUGUAUGUAUGUAUGUACGCGGUUCCCCCAAAAGAAACUCAAAGAAUAAUUUCGAAAAUAUGGCUUUGUCUGUCGUCACGUUCCACGCGGAACAUCUUUGAGCAAUUCACCCGCGAUCAUCUCUUAGUGCAAGCCUCUGGAUUUCGACUCGAAUAUGCACGAGGAAGACACGAAUACGUUGCCGGCACACAUUUGUCCUCGGGCAAAUGUAAAGACUCGUCGACCUCACAGCUCAUUUCAUUGCCCCCUUCCGCUUCCUGAACACGCACAGUGACGUGAACCGUGAAACUCGGCUUAGUCACCUUGAAAAUGCCCCACUUGCAAAUGCAGCGGCAUCCAUAUUCAUAUUCAUAUUCAUCAUUUAAACAUUCAAGGCUAAAAAGAGCUGGGCUGAGGGAGGCUGCCUGGCUGAUAUACGUCAUGACCCUGAAAGCCUCAUCUCUGUUUUGCACUCCCGUUUCAUUGUUGCUCUUUGAGGGGUCAAACUUAGAAAGUGCUGCCUUUAACAAAUUCUAUUUCCAUAUAAACACAUGAUUUAAAUGGGAACGAGGUCAUUUUUGAAGACUUGAUGUAUAGUCAUAUCCCACUGAUUCCAACACAUUGCUGGUAUUGACUUUAUCAUGUGCUGUAAUGUUUGGCAUGUGACAUUUAUUUUCCCGACUCAUACUGGCUGCUACUUGUUUUUCUUAUUUGUUGACGUAAAACUGGGAACACAGUACAGACAGCGACAAAAGAAAAACUUUGUUGCUGAGCUUUUACCAAAUUUGGAUAUCAGAUAUGCAUUCCAAUCCAAAGUCUGUUUAAAGAGAACACAGAAGGGUACUUCGAGGUAUUGCUUUAAAUGGUCGAGGGGGGAAAAGAACAUUUGUAUACAAGGAGCGAAGUACUUUUGCAGGCGGACUUGGAGGUUCUGAAUGCACUUUGUAGCCAAACAUUCAGGGUGCGGCCAUUUAGAAAAGCCGGACCUGCUUGCUUGGGUUUUGUAACAGAGCCUUUUCCGGUUUACAAGCAAACCCCAAAAUCCAAAACACGCCACAAAAAUGCCGAACAACGAUGUGCUGAGACACACGAAGCAAAUGUUGCCAUUCAAUUGGAUAGGAAGGAAUUACACACGCUGAUUGCGUUUUAUGUUUUGAUAUUGUCAGAUCUCUCGUGAUUACGUAGCAUUGUGUAUAAUUCAUGUCACUGAUACUCUCACGGGCCACGACAUUGCACUUGCACGUUCGAAUGUGACGCAAUACAAAAGCUGCCUUUGGAAUGAUACAUAAAUGAUACUAUUAUUAAACAUGUCGCACUUCUUGCGGUUCUGAAUAUUAUAACACAAGUAAUAGAAAAGAGAUUCAGAAUGGUGCAGUCCUUUAGUUUUGGGACUUCAUGUAGAUAUUCGCGGCGACACAUAUUCCACACAUGCUCCGAAAGAGAGAAAAAAAACAUUCCCCCGUGCUGCUUUGAUCCUUUGGCGAUGCAAAAAAAAGCUUUUGUGUCCCGGAUGGCCUGAACCUCACAUCUGUGAUUCUAGAAGAGAUUGUAAGCAAACCUAAACACAGCACUACAGUGUACAGCUACAUGGCAGCUAAAUGGCUGUAAAAUAAUCAUAAUAAUCAUAAUGUGACUCACUGGCCAGUGUUUUUACACAAAGCAUUUACUUUGCCUAAGGUUAGGCGAGAGUUAUUCUGUACUGUGCCCUUUAUCGUUUCAUUCUCAUUCUUUUUUUUUCAAUCUCUGUGAAGUCAGUGACUUUUCAUUUUUUACAUCAUCUCACUGCCUACUUUUAUGUAACUGCCAUCAUGGAGAUUUAUUUUUUAUCUUUGCCUUUCUCGCUCUCGAGCAUUCUUCGCAACACUCUUUAUUUAUCUGGAAUGUUCAUAUUUUCCUGUUAUUACAGAGUAGUUAUUACAUGUCCUCUCAGUUGCUCAUACGACAGCUGCCGCAACCUUCGGUACAUCUUCACCUUCUAACGAGGCGUACUCCUUCACGAUGAUCUUGAUUUAUUUUAUUAUUAUUAUUGUGCAGUUUUGCAGUUGUUGUAUCAAGGCAUCAUCCUGCAAACUGUUGGUAAAAUUCAUUUAGUGGCCUGACGGGGCAAAACCCUGCACAUUAUUUAUUGUGCUUUACUUGAUUGAAGUAGUGUACGUGCACACCUCUCAGUAUGAUGCAGUGCUCUGCUGCCACCCACUGUUCAAACACAAGGAAAUAUGGGAAAUGUUUUGAACCGACUGGAAGGUCACAGAGGCCGCUUUGAUCCAUGUUGUUGUGAUGCAGCCAUAUCUGCGAUAUAUUUGGAUUAACACGAUUGAGAAAUGUCUUCGGCAAAAUCAAACGCUUCAAAUCUACUGCAUUUGCAAAUAUAUCGGUAGUGUCGUUCACAUCAUAUUUCAAAUAUUAUAUCGAAUGAAGUAAGAAUAAGCCAAGCGUUUGUAUAAGAUUUGUAUUGCAAUGUGCUAAAUUAUGCCGACUGCUGCGGCUGCCGAGUGUACGCAGUGAUGACAACAUAGCUAACCAGAAACUUGAAACAUUUCAGGCACAUUUACAGUAUAAUCAAACCACGAUAAGGAAAAAAACAUCAAACACUGUAUUCUCGUUUGUCAGUGCCAUGGUUGAUGGACUCAGUGCGUGCAGUCUUGAUCGACUUGUCCUGAUUGCCAUCGCGUCUUUAGUUGCGCUAAUGAGGAAGUGAAGUCGUGACGAGGUCGUCUGUGUGCUGCUGCUGCUGCUGCUGUGUUGCAGCUCAUGAGCUAAUGAAAGGAUAAUGACGUUACCGACUGCAGUGCAGCAACCUUGGCACGUCCCUGCAGCUGGGUGAAAUGCAGUUGAAGAUGGCAAACAUCCGCCAAGGGAAUUGCAGCGGCCUCUGCUCGUUUUCACACCGCAGAGACAAUGAGCCGCAAAAAUGUAGCGAAAGCAAUGGCAUGCAAACGCAGUGGAUGCGAUUUGGGGUUCAAAUAACCACAGGCACCCACACUGGCAUCACUUUGUGUUUUGCGCUCCUCGAAUAAGCAUGUUUCAAGGAUUAAAUAACUGGAAUUGAGAUUCUUCUCUCACACUGUGACAAUUUGCUCUUCUCAAGGAAACUUGAUGAAUAGUUUUCAAGAAAUAGAAAAGCUGCAACUGAAUUGAAGAAAAAAAAAUGUCCACAUGAAUUUUUUGUUUGUUUGUUUCUUUUAACCAAGGCGACACGGUGGCCGACUGGUUAGAGCGUCAGCCUCGCAGUUCUGAGGACCCGGGUUCAAUCCCCGACCCCGCCUGUGUGGAGUUUGCAUGUUCUCCCCGUGCCUGCGUGGCUUUUCUCCGGGCACUCCGCUUUCCUCCCACAUCCCAAAAACAUGCGUGCAUUGGAGACUCUAAAUUGCCCGUAGGCGUGAAUGUGAGUGCGAAUGGUUGGUUGUUUGUUUGUAUGUGCCCUGCGAUUGGCUGGCAACCGGUUCAGGGCGUACCCCGCCUCCUCCCCGAUGACAGCUGGGAUAGGCUCCAGCACGCCCGCGACCCUCGUGAGGAGAAGCGGCUCAGAAAAUGGAUGGAUGGAUGGAUGGAUGGAUGGAUGUUUUAACCAAAGGAGAAUUUCCAAAGGUAUCGUUCACUCACACACACACACGCACACACGUAGUCAAAGAAAUAUCGAGGUACAGAGGGUUCAUUCUGGUGUUGAUUAAUGCUAAUAUCUCAAAAUCCCAUUCGCACAACACAACCUACAAGUGCAACCACAACAAUAAAGAAAUGUGAGCGCCAUCUUUGUAAAGGCCUCAUCCUUCUAAAUGUCUUGCAUUAGAUUAUACAAUCAUACGGUAUCUUGUGGCUGGUGCCAAUGUUAGAUUUACUCCAAGACACAACUCAUCAUGUGUGUCUAUUUACAUAUGCAGGAUACUUCUUUGAAUGGCUGAACGUAGUAGAAUAAACAUGUCAAGGGUCACGUCACAACCAAUACGGGGAGGUACUCUAUCAAAAAUGGACGGGUACUCGGGAUCACUUCACAGCGUUCCUUCGCUCGAAGCAGUAAAGUGUAAUGUUGAAAUGAACGCGCAACAUGAAUGUUAUUAUUAGCCCUCUAAUCCUGUGAGCGACUGUAUGCCAAUGCACACACGGAUGGAGUGAGAGUUGAUGUUAUCGGCUUCAGCUGUCCUUCGCCCACUACCAGUCACUUAGCAGUCGGCGUUGUUAGCGAGCACUGCAUCAGUACGGCAGCACGACAUAAUAACAUGAGGCCAGGGAAGUGGAAAAAAGGGGGGAGCACAGGCUGACAGAUGAGUGGAGGGAGCCACAGGGAAGAGGGAGUGGCGCAUGGGAGCAGCUCGCGAGUGAGCGCGUUCAAGAAUGAGCUCAGAAAUCCAAGAGAAUCGUCACUUGGAGGAGAGUCGACUCUCAGUGAGCGCUGUGAGAGGAAAGCCCCCUCCGAGACCCCUCAGCUGGGAAAGGCGACAAAGGGGGCGCGACGGAGGGAAACUGUAGGGGGGGGGGGGGGGGGGGGCGAAAAAAACAAACAGACAACAUUUGGCCAGGCUGCUGACAACAUGGGUGCAGUGGUGGGAACUUUGACCAUGCAAACCAAGCAAAGAAGACCGACAAGAGAUAAAACAGACGAUGAUCUUGAGAUGACAACGGUGUGUCACAGGCCGGAGGCUCUCGAACAGCUGGAAUCCCAAACUAACUUCUGCAAGCAGGAGCUCCAGAUUCUCUAUCGCGGUUUCAAGAAUGAAUGCCCGAGUGGAGUCGUAAACGAGGAGACGUUUAAACACAUUUACGCACAGUUCUUUCCCCACGGAGAUGCAAGUAUGUACGCACAUUACCUUUUUAACGCCUUCGACACAGCUAACAACGGCUCCAUUAAGUUUAAGGACUUUGUGAUGGGCCUGUCUAUCCUGCUGAGGGGAACCUUGAGGGAAAAACUUGAAUGGACCUUUCACCUUUAUGACAUUAACAGUGAUGGCUACAUCAACAGGGAGGAAAUGACGGAGAUCGUGAAGGCCAUUUAUGAUAUGAUGGGCAAGUACACUCACCCUGCGCUGAAGGGAGAUGUGCCACAGCAGCACGUGGACGCUUUUUUUCAGAAAAUGGACAAAAACAAAGAUGGAGUGGUAACUUUAGAGGAGUUUGUAAUAGCCUGCCAGGAGGACGAAAUCAUGAUGAGAUCCAUGCAGCUCUUUGAGAAUGUGAUGUAGGAAAGGAGGAGAUGACGUUGACAUAUUCCAAAUCAGAGGGCUACGUGCGAGCUAAUGUGUGUGGAUCCAGUCUGUGGGCUUUCCCUUGUAUCUGAAUACAGACAGGCUUCCCGCAAAAGACUUUGGAUGACUGGACUGGAAUUCUUUUUGUGUGUCCUAAAGUAACUCCCGAGAAAGGAUUUUACAAAUGGGCCAGUCAUCAUUACACAUGCUUAUUCAUUAUUUUUGCCCGAAGAUGCUCUUGAAAUGUAUGCUUCUCCAAAAGAUUUGGAUUUAUCUGCAAAUAUUUGUCAGAUUUGUGAAAUGAUUUAUUGUCCUGUGUUUUUGUGUGUGUUUGGCUGUCGUGUGCUCGCAAAAUCUCUCGGUUGCUGUUUGUCAGUCAAUGCAAAGCUUACAGUUUAAAGUGAAACAAUCUUGGAAUAGUAUGUGGGUCUUCUAGCCAUGGUUUGUGUGUGUGUGUGUGUGUGUGUGUGUGCUGGUCCUAAUGUCUAUUUGAGAAAUAUAUUUUUUAAUUACCCUGUCUUUUCCAGCUUUGCUUUAUGUGUGUUUUUAAAGUAUUAAAAAAAAAAGGAUUGUGGAACAUACAAAUCUUGUACAUUAUGUGUAUAAUUAAGAUGUUGCAGUAUCAAGAAGAUGGUUUCAUCAUAUUAGUGAUAUCUUUAUUUGCACAAAUAUCUGAUCACAACAUUAUGGCCGCAAUGUUUCCUAUAUGUUCGCCCAACAUAGUUAGUAAAGCAGCCAACGGUGCAGCUUAAACUACAGAAGUGGAUAGCCGCAUUGUAAUGCAGCUUCAUUGGCAAAUAUCGGCACUGCCUCGAGGCUCCUUCCAAAACCUAAUCUGUGAUGUAACGCUAAAGCCAGCGUGUGAGCAAGUAUGGUGACUUCUCUACUUGCCUGCAAUUUCAUCGCUUCAGGUCUUGCUUUGAAAUGGAUUUGUCUCAAAUAGAACAUUCAAUGAAGUCUAAGCCAUACAAAUAAAAAUGGAAUUCUUAAA